AGGCGAUGAGUUGAAGUUUUGGUAACUAACCUCAAUCUUAGUUUUCUAUUACAAAGCGUUUCUUGUUUAUAGCAGAAAAUCGGGUAGAAAUGGAAUGUUUAAUUGGAAUUAAGUUCGACGACUAUGUCCUCAUAGCCGCCGACAGAACCAACUCUCACAGCAUUAUCGUCAUGAAAACAGAUGAGAACAAGUUGUACAAGCUGAGCAACAAGCUCGUCAUGGCAGUUUCCGGCGAGUCGGGCGACACUACUCAGUUUGCUGAGUACAUAGCCAAAAAUAUACAACUUUACAAGAUGAGGAACAUCUACGAAAUGAGUCCAACUGAGGCUGCCAACUUCACUCGCAGAAACCUCGCAGACUUCUUACGCAGCAGGGCAACGUAUCAUGUAAACCUGUUGAUGGCUGGAUAUGAUGACCGUAACGGACCAGAAUUGUUUUACAUGGAUUACUUGGCGUCAAUGGUUAGUGUGCCUUAUGCUGCCCACGGUUAUGGAGGUUUCUUUUCGCUUUCCAUUAUGGAUCGCCACUACCUCCCAACUUUACCCCUAGAUGAAGGUUAUGAAGUUUUGAAGAAAUGCGUACGUGAAGUGCAGAAGCGACUGGCGAUUAGCUUGCCCAAUUUUAAAGUUCAGGUUAUUGACAAAAACGGAAUCAGGGAUAUGCCAGACAUUACUGUUGAAAGUCUUGCUACAAGUUAAUUUAAUUGUAUUCUUUUCUAUUAAAAUAUAAACAUUUAAUAAAAAAAUAAAAAAGAA